CUGGCCUCUGUCACACGGAGCUGAGCAGCACCUGCCAGGCACACUGUCUGGAGCCAUUGAUGCAGAUGCUCAAGGGACUGCCGUGGGCCCUGUCUCCUUCCUGCUUCUUUCUGCAGCAGCAGCAGCCCCCCUGGGCAGGCUCCUUGAGUCCACCACUGCUUGCCUUCCUUCCCUGCAAGUUUGUGGGGAAACAGCCCCUCUGGGGAAUGUUCAUAUCUCUUGCAGGUCCUUGAUGCAUGGUCCUGGAGCCCUGUGGAAGUCUAGAGCCUUCCAGUUGUUUCUGGGGGUGUGUGUGUGUGUGUGUGUGUGUGUGUGUGUGUGUGUGCGACUUUGUAUAUAAACAUGCGCACCUGGCCUUGCUUUCCUCCCAUCUAUUCCAGCAGGGCUCUGGGCUUUAGUGCAGUUAGGCCUCAAGCAUGGGACCAGCAAAUCUGUACCUUGAGACCUUUCUGGAGGAGGCUGCUGUGCUCUUUAUCACCAGCCCAAGCCCUGGUAUUGGAGUGAGGCUGAGUGUCCUUGUGGGUACAUUCCUUGGGUGAACACCUAGUGUAUUCUGGUGUUCUUCAUUGAGAUUAAGUGGAUCACGUGGUUUUUUUUCACUCAGUAGAAGGGGCCUCUUAGCCCACUGGUGACCAAAACUGACCACUCUUUGUCCCUUUCACAGUGGGUCUGAUGUGCAUCAUGCCCAGAAGGGGCUCUAGAAGCCCUGGCUUCCCCCACUGUCCCUCAGUUCUCCUAUACCUGUGGAUGUCAUUAAAAAGUAAGCCAUCCCUACUCAGAGUGUUCAGAAAGGAAGGAGAUUCAGCCUCUUUGCAGUGAUAAUUUCAUCACCUAAAUGCAUAGUUCAGCUUCAUAUUAAGGAGGUCACUAACUGUCACUGCAAUGUGCAGUGCUAGGGUGAGGGCAGUGGCCUGCUACUGUUAAGGGCCGUUGGUCAGACUUGCUUGAUGAGGACAGAGAAAAUCAGGCUGUGCACCAGCAUAUACUUUUUGAGAGUCCAAUGCAUGCUGGCACAGGGUCAUUCUGGAGAGACCACUUGGGGACUCAUCAACUAUAGAAGAUCUGUAAUGAGCAAACUAUCUCAGAGACAAGGGAAGAUACUUCAUGGGAGCUGGUGCGAGGUGAAAAGUCUCCACUGCCCUCUUUGAGACAGGUAUCCUGCUCCUCAAGGCUCAGCUGGGUUGACAACAUCAGAGAGAAAGAAGCCAGAAGCCCCAGAACCUCCCAGAUGGCCCAGAGGGACGGAGUUGUAAACAGUACAACCUUUAUUGUUCACUGAUCUAGGUUAAGUUUCUGACAGAGGCAUUGGGGACUAAUGAGCCCCAUCUGAGAGAUUAGCAGCUGAAAACCAGGUGGGGCAAUGCAAAUCUAAUUCCAGCACUUGGGAAGCUAAGGCAAGAGUAUUGCUCUGAGUUUGAAGCCAGGCUAGGGUACAUAGUGAGUCCAAAGCUAGCCUAAAUUACAUAGCAAGACCCAGAUAGACAGACUUGACUGAUUUAAAAAAAAAAAAAAAAAUUAGCAGCUAGAAAGACCUUUUCUCAGAAACCAGCUGCCUCCUAUCCCAAGCAUCAUGAGUGUAUGUCUUUUCUACCUAGUACAUUUCCAAAAGACUGGAAUCAAGAAUGUGAAGGUCCUUGGCCACAGCAAAGAAGCCCUGUCUGCAUGUGGCCACAGAGACAAGGGGCCUGCCUCUUGCAGGUUGUGUGGGGAUGGCCAUAUAGCAUGUCUCUUGUGGUGGGCGGCUGGAAGGAAUACUGAGGCAGGACACAGUCCAGACCCAAGGCCAAUGGGCCCUGUGUUGUCCUCUUAUUGGAAUUGCAUUCUCUGAACUCACUGUUACACUGGCCUCAGCCCCAGAGGUGGGGCAGUGAUGUUCUCUUUGGAGCUGGACUCAGCUGACAGCUUAAGUGCUGACCUGGGAAGCCUUAACUCUCUCAGAGCAGCCCUGUUUAGGGGGCCCUACUGUCCAUACCCAGGGGGCUCGGGCAGAGCCCUGCCUAGCGCCUGGUGUGACCCGUCUCCCCACCCCACAGGUGUUAAUUCACCUUCAUGGCUCUACUCCAGGACUGUUGAGUGUGGGAGUUGCUUUAGUUUCAAUCCCUCUUGCCAGGGAUGCUAAAACCACCGACCUGGCUCUUGCUUUUCUCUCAUGUGCACCCUCCUCCCCUGAACACUCCCAAUCCUUUGUCCCCAGGUCCUGCUCCAUGUCCACACCAUAUCUGGAUUAAUGUCUGCCCUGCUUUGUUAAGAGCAACCUGCCCAAUAGGCCUGGAGAGCCCUCCUGUCUUGCCAGAUACUCUGAACAUCUGAAAAGCCCUGCUGCCUGGGACCCUUGCUCCUGGUGUCCCUACUCCUUCUCAUCUUGUGCCUCAAAAACCCAUUGCCUUCAACCCCAGCUCCUCUGGGACAGCCUGCAUCAUGCUAGCUAUGAGCUCUGUAUUCUGAACCCCAAAGAUGGACAGCCGUGAGAAGGUCCCCAGUGCCACCCUGCCUGCUGGCCCCACCUGUGCCCCUGCACAGUGGCUUUGAGGCUUUUUUCCAUAGCAGGAAAGCUCUCUUAGGACCCAAGCUUCCACGUCCUGAUUGGUGUGUACUCCCAUGCCUGGUUUCACAUCCUCAGCACUGUUAACAUUUGGAUAGGGGAAUGCUUUUCUCUUCCAGGUUUUGUACUGUCCCUGGCCAGCUGGACACCUGUAGCACUCCCUAGUCAAACCAACACCAAAUUGUCUCCCAACAUUGCAACAUGCCUCCCAGGGGGAACUCAGCCCAGUUGAGACCCAGUGCUCUGAAUUGACAGCUUCCUGCUGGCUUUUGUCACCAUCUGUCUCUGACUCCUCUUCCUCUGCAUCCAUUGGCCUGCCAGACUUGUCUCCCACUCAGACUUGGUUCAGUGUUUGCUUCACAUAUUUUCCCCGUCCCCCAGAUUCUUAGGACUCCACUGCCUUUCGAGACUGUGGCUGCAACAGUAUGGGACUGUGUGUGUAAAACUCAUGGCAUAAUGCCAGGCACAGGAAGUACCUGAAGUCGUCUGCCCUGGCUGCCAUUGGGGUGGCACUGGGGGAGGUGGGGAAUAUAUCAUGCAGUUAGUUGCGUCUGAUUUUAUUCACAGUUGCCCACAGCUCCACCCACAGUCUAGCAGGCCCAGGCUUGUUGGGUGGACCAGCCUCUUUCUCUGUCACCAGCUGACUCCCUUCCCGAGUGACUCAUUCUCCUUCCAUCCACAGUGACUUUCUUCUCCAGGUCUUGGUGUGCAGCUGUCCAGGGCAGGGUGUAGUCCGCCCUGCACAGAGCGUGGCCUACCUGCACCAGGGGAUCAGCCUUCCCAUUGUCUCAGUGACCUGGCUGACAGGCCACAGUGUCCCGAAACAGAGGCAACACCUCCUGUUUUUUCCCCAUAGGUGCCCAAAUGUGUUCCUCGCACUGAUGUCAUGCAGUGGGGGGCUUCCUCAAGGUGGCGGGGUUCUAGUGGCUCGUGUAUUGGGUGGGUGUGCCCUGACCCCAGAGCCCAGUUCACCGGGCCUGUCAGAGCCGUGGAGUGUGUGUGAGGCAUGGAGACUGGCCUGUGCUCCAUUUCUACCUCUCCUGGUCCUGCCCUCAGCGUCCCUGGCACAUGCCGGAGGGCCCUUGCCCUGUCCACUGUGUCCUUCAUGAGUCUUGAGUCUUUUGUGAGUGGCAUGAUCCAUGUGCACGGUGUGCACGUGUGUGUGUGCGAGGGGGCACAGGAGUCUUGUCUUGUCUCCGUGCUGUGUGGGCAGAUGAAGGUUGGCCUGUUUUUACUCUCUCUGUGUUUUUCCUUGUCUUUUUUUUAUUCCCUCCUCAUCCUCAUCGCACUCUGCCAUCAACCCAAACUCUCAUCUAUCAGAUCAGCGAGAAGGUUGGUCCUUUUCACUUCUUACCCAUCUACAGUUCGCCCGUCGAUGGGAUGUACCCGUCAGUAGGGACCAGCGGGCUUGGUCAACUCCCUCAUGCUCUCUCCAGCUAUGCCUGCCCGCUCAUCAGCCUCUGCUUGUCAUUGCUGGGCCAGCUGACAGGCAGGCAGGACCUGGGAUGGGUGGGCAGGCCCUCUGCCCUGCAUGCUUCUGCUGCUUGCUUCCCUGAUGCACCAUGUGUCUUGCAUGUCCCCUUAGCAGGCCUCCCCUGCUGGAGUGGUAGGGCUGGCAAGUUGCAUGGCACAAGCUCUACCCACUCUCUGUCCCUGGGCCGGACUAGCUGUUUGCCUUGGGUGGUGCUUAGGAGUGGUUGGGGGUGUUAGGUUCAGAGGGAGCCAUGGGAGCUAUAGUGCUAGGCAUGUACCUGGGGAGCCUUCCACAAUCUUCCACUUAUAUGGAGGCUGUGCUUGCCUAAAUGAAACCAAACAAUGAGGAAACAAAGGGAAGAAGCUCAUACAGUGUAGGCUGUUCCUUUAUAUCCCCAGUGCAUGCAUGCCCUUGCUCUGUCCACUGCGUCCUUCAUAAGUCCUAAGUCUUUGGGACGGAAAAAGAAGUUCUGCAGUGUCUAUGUUAUCCUCAAACUCUCUGGAACCCUCCCUGAGGCUUGAGGAGGCAGGCCAAGGAGGGCCAGUGUAAAGUCAAAACCAGUCCUGGUCGGCCCUGGGGAGUUUUGUGUCCAUGCCUCAGGGUGAGUGGCAUCUUCUUGGCUCCUUGCAAGUUCCUCCACUGUUGUCUUUUCCCAAAUCCAAAUUCGUAUCAUCCCACCGGCUCAGGCCUCUCUGCCUGAGCCUCUUGCCCCAGGUCUAUCUGCAGGUGGAGUGUCCUCAGAUUGGUGCUGACACUGAGAGUUCAAACCCAAGUUACCUAAACCUGGGGUGACCUAGCAGUCAGCACAGCCUAACGAGGAUGUGUGGGAGCCUCAAAGUGGCUCCUGGCUCAGCCUCAGCUAGGAGGGCCUCCUGGAGUUAACCCAAGCCAGGUCCAGAGCCAUCAGGUUGGAGCUCAGUUUUCAGCCGCCCACCCUAGUGCUGGGCUGGCUAUCAUUCUGUGUCACAUGAUGUGAGGUAUCAGAGGAGACUGUCCUGCUACUGGGCUUUGAGGGUUCAAAGCUGAAGUAGAGGACAACCUGAGCCACAGGGAAUAGACCCAAGCCACCUGGUCCCCUCUGCGUCAUGUGCUGUGGCUUGAGUUUCCUCUGUGGGAGAGAGGGCGCCUUGGAAAGGAGGGCUGCAGACAGGGCUCAGAUAUCAGCCCCAAGCAUCCAUCCAUAUGCACUUCUGAGCUCUGGGGCAUUUUGGUUACACCAUUUUGCUGACCAGGGAGAUCUGCCUGGGUGUUCAGAAAACAGUCAUCAGCAGACAGCCCAACCCUUAACCACUCCCCCUAUUUCCCUUCAUGCAUCCUCUGGAUCUUUUGUCCCUUCCCUUACCCCACUCCACCCCCACCCUAUAUGGUCCCACCAGAAAUAAGCACAUGCACAAAUAUUUAACGGGAAGGAGAAAUGAGUUUCUAAAUAUUCCAGGGGGAUUUUCUGGGCUGGUAAUUUGUUUGGCGCUGAUAAUUGCAUCUUACAUUUUUCCAGCUUUACUUAAAACUGUGUACUGGGUGCGCCAGCAUUUAAUUACUGCUCUGCAGCAGCCACAAGGUUAUUUAUUAAAGAGUUAUUUUAUCUUGAUACAGUGGAUCCUACCCCUUAUCCCCUCCUUAAUGUUGUGUUAUUUUCAUCAGAGAAAUUUCCGAGAGUGAAUGCAGAUUGCGGGGCUGCCUCCCCCUGUGAUUAGGCUGUCACUCUUCUGAAUGCUGAUGCCUCUGGGCGCUGCACUGCCCUAUUAUAGGGGGUUGUCAGCGCAAAUAAUUAGACUUAAAAGUUACAGCUGAAAUAUAAUCCAGAAAUGGCAGGGCCCUGUUUGGGAAAUUGUCUAUAAAAUGUCAGCACUAAGGAUGCACAGGGAACGGUAAUAGACCGGCAUUGUUGGAGCCUGAGAUUACACUUUAAGUGCAUUUUUCCCAGCCCCAGUUUUUACUUCCUUGCUGUUGGUUGAGUCCAGAGUGAGUCCUGCUCCUUUUGGAGGCCUUGCAUUUAUGACAGCAGGAGAAGGUGGUGGGGCUACUGCAGUGAGGUACCCGUCAGUCCUGGCUGUUGUAGUGAGGCCCCAUCACACUGGGAAUACUAGAAGCUUGUCUCUCGCCUGUUUUUCCCCUACCUUUUCUCUAUAUACAUGCUAACCUCCCCGGCCCACGGGAAAGAUGAGUAUGAGAUGCAGGAAACUGCACUCCAGGAUUUUUUGUCUUAUGUCCGGAGCUCUGUGUCCUUGUGAAAGAUGAAGGUGCUACAUCUGGGGAUCUCUGAGGCUGAGAUCCUUUUGUGGUAGGAUGACCUUAAAGGUCGUAUCUGACCUGACAUUGAGCCCCAGCCUCUGGAAUCCUCUGUACCACCAUCCAGGAGGGAAAUGUAAAAGCAAAACCAUUCUUAUUGUCAGUUCCCUCAGGGCCUCAAUUUACUGACACUGCCUAGAAUCAGAUGCUUUUAAAGAAGUGGCUCAGGAGAUUGGGGUGAUCUCCAGGGCAGAUUCAUAAGGUCUAUAAUGGAGCCUGAGAAUCCUGUCGUCCAGCAGCUCUCUGGAGGUAAAGUGCAGUCACAUUUCUGAGCUGCUUAGCUUUGACCCUAAGGUUUAUUAGGCAAGAGCCUAUUUCCUUCAUUGGGCUGUUGGUUCUGGCAUCUAGGGACCUGAUGUAGCCUCAGGAUUCUUCCAUUGGCUAGAGUUAUGAUGUCUCCCUGGGCACAGGCUGCUAAAGUCCCUUCCAUGUACCAGCUGGAGCUGCAUCUUCUCCCAGUCUUAGCUUCUCCCUGUAGCCUCUUGGGUCUGUUUUAUCACCAGGGCUCUGAUGGGUACGUUUUUGACAACAUAGAUCUACUAAUACUAUGAAUAGGAAAAUGGGCAUACCACUUCCUAUGUUAGUGUUAAGUUUGUUCCCAUAUCUGUAAUUAGGAGAUGAUGGUGUGAGAACCUUCCCGCAUAGUAAUCCUCAAGAGUGGCUUCCCCUUGAACCUCUUCUCAUGCCCCUUGGCCAAGAGGAAAUGGGGCAGCCACUAGUUGGGAGGACAGAGAACUGGCCAGUAGUGGCUGCUGUGCUGUGCUGGGACCCUAUCCACCUGUGCCUCACCUCCCAGCACCUGCCUUGUAGUCCAGUGCUGGAGCCAAAGGAGCGCCUGCACCCCAGUGUGGUGACAGCUGUGGUACUUGCUGGCUUUACCUUUUACUAGGUUAAAAGGGUGCUAGAAGGGGACUGUUUGUUGCUACUGGAUACUUGCCAGUUAAGCUCCAUCUAUUCUCUGCAGUGAGAGCUGCUGUGUCUAUGGCAUGCUGUUACCGUCAGUGUGGACUCUCAGCAUUAGGCCAGAUGACAGCAACCCACUUACAAUGGCAUAGCAGAACAAGUGUCUCAUAGCAGAACAUGUUACAAAACUAAAAACUGUAGAAAUAGAUUUGAUGUGGGGAGUAGGGCCAGAACCAGGUAUUUAAACAAUUUCAUCAGGCUUCGUCUGUCUUUGUUUGCAAGCUGUGCUUUCUGCUGGUGACUUCUUUGUUCUUGAGCAGGUUCUCCUAUGCGUUGGGAGAGGUUGUCCCAGCCUUUCUAAGCUUGGCUACCCCAUAGUAAGAGUAAUUUACUUUUCUGAUAGUUUGUACAAAUGGCCAAAGAUUUGGGUUUCGGCUUUCGCUGUGAGCGUCCGCGGAGGCUGGCUUCGGGAGCUGCCUGGAGUAGGGUUCUGGGUCCAGGCCGCUAGAUGAGAAACCUGGGGCCGUGAGAGGUGAAAGGAUGAGUUACUCAAGUCACACAACUAAUUAAGUAACAGAGCUGGAAUUAGAACUCAGGUUUCCUGCCUUCCAAGUUAGUUAAAAUGAGUCUGCGGAAGCAAACUCCUAGUGACUUCUUAAAGCAAAUCAUCGGAAGGCCAGUUGUGGUCAAAUUAAAUUCUGGAGUGGAUUAUCGAGGGGUCCUGGCUUGCCUGGAUGGCUAUAUGAAUAUAGCCCUAGAGCAGACCGAAAAGUAUGUAAACGGACAACUCAAGAAUAAGUAUGGGAAUGCGUGUAUCUGAGGAAACAAUGUAUUAUACAUAAGUACACAGAAGAGAAGGAUGUGAAGACACCAAGGAAGCAGUUCUCUUCACAUUUGGAGUAUAUUUUUUUGAAAUACUUUCUAUUUUUUGGUUCAUUUGUGAUGAAAAAGUUUGUGAUGUCCUGCCUUCACAGUAGUUGGUGAUUUUUCACUGACAUGUAAGUAAAGUGAACAUGUAAAAUUAUGGAUUGAAUUUUUAAAAGUUUUUACAUUUAAGUUUCAGUCAUUUUCUUUUACUUCUGUGUCAGUAUACAAAAUUCUAAAAGAAUAAAAAACAUACCAAAAUCCAAAAAAAAUGGCCAAAGAUUGGUUCUUGUUAGCCAGGUCUGGGCCACAAACCCCAUGUCCUGAAAAUGGAGGAAAAGUGCUCUUUGUAAAGAAAAUGAGGAUAGGUCUUGGGCUGUAGCUCAGCAGUAAAGCACUUGCUUAGCAUGUGUAAGGCCCUGGAUUUGAUGCCUAGCCAAAGAAUAGAAGAGAAAAGGGAGUGGUUCUGGAAGAAAGCAGAACUCUGGACAUCCGCAAGACACUGCUCUCCCUGUGAGCUCAGAGGUACUGAGUCAGUCAUCAUGGCUCGCUCAAAGGACUGCUGGUGUGACUGUUUCUGGAGGCUCACAGUGUGGCACGCUGUGGAAGGAACUGGAAGCAGUGCUCGGCAAAGCUUUGUAGGCAGUAGAGAAACACUGGGGAACCAUGCAGUAGCUUGCUAGACGGGGGAAAGACGAGUCUGUGAUGUAUAUAGAGAGCUAGGGGAGUGGGCAGAAUAAGGAAGACCAAUGAAGUACCUCCCUACAGGUACUCAGGGAGUGAUGGUGAUGGCCAUCACCCAUGUAUUUGUAGAGAAAUAGAGACUUAAAAGAUACAGCACUGAGAGGCCCAGAUGACUUGCUGAGCCUCUGGGCACUAGUUUGAUCCCUGAGCCGGUGGUUGUUCUAGUUGUUUCCAGCUCUGUGUAAUCUGCGACUGCAUGAGGUACUCCUGAUGUGGUACCACAAGUGCUCUGCAUGCCGGGGCUUAGAAACCAGUACUGUCAGUGGUGUCAGUGGGUCACUUAGCCUUGCUCCCUGUCUUCUCCAGUGCAUAAGGAUGCUCAUGUAGGACAUACCCAAGCCUCUGUCCACCACCACAUGAUUGAUCUGCAUGCCUGCAUGGCUGUAUGUGGCUUCCCACUUGGCAUGCUCUGGUGAAUGUCCGUACCAAGCUUGCAACCUCAUGGGGUAGUUUUAAGUUGCACCUUGGAGUGAGAAGUUCAGAACAGCUUCUGGUCAGGGGAGUCCAAGGCUGGAGGUUGUGGCGAAGCACAGCCACUCUUCCCCUUGAGACCCUGUUCGCUGACACAGAAAGCCAUCUGUUCGGCAUCCUCAUCAUGUUACUGCCAUCAUCAUGCCCAUCCUGCCCGUGGACCACAUCCCUGGCCCACUUCAACCCUGGCCCUGGUCCUAGCCCUGGCCCAGCCCUCCUAAGAGGCAGCCUCUACCCUAGGUCAUCAAGUUGUCCCCUGAGCAUGGCUGAAGCCCAGCAGGUGAUUAUGCCACUUCCUCUUUUCUUCCUUUGGGCCAUGGAGGUUGAUGCAGUGACCCCAGAGAAGGUGGCUCUGUCACUCCUAGACUGACCUGCUGCCCACCCCAGCCAUGUUCUGAGGACCCUUGCCCUAGGCACUCCAGUGAGCCCCUCUGGAGACACAUGGGGAGUUAGGACAGGGGCAAGCAGGGGCUGUCACUGGAGGGUAGCUUGAGUUGUCCUGACCAGGCCUGGAUCUUACAUUAUGUCCAUAUAUAUCCAUGGUCCUUUCUGGGCCUCAUUUACCUAGGAUGUAAAAUGGGAGCUUGGAUGUGAGAGCUGAAUGCAGGGGCUGCUUCUAGCCCAAAAUAGGGUGGGAGAUGAUGAUCCAUGGCCUGGGGAUGCCACCCCUCCUAUUUCCAAGCCUGGGCUGGGCUCUGACGGGGGGACUUCUUGAAUGAGGGGCCCCUGCCCUUCUGUCUACCCUCGUGACCUGCCUGGCCUGUGAGUACCUCUCUCCCUCCUU